AUGAUGGUGCAACCCACCAAACCGGCACUACACCCCAUAAGCUACGUAUUAUUGGGCGGAUUCCUGUUAUUCCUCUGCAUCGGUGUGUUCAACCAGUUUUUGAAGCCAGAUCAAGACGUCACUUCCGAUCUUGAGCGAUAUUCCGGGUAUUUGGGCGUAGGGACGGCUGGGGAGCAUCAGCUGCACUAUUGGCUAGCCCAGUCACAAAAUGACCCAACCAAGGAUCCAUUGAUUGUAUGGCUGAGCGGUGGACCUGGCUGCUCGAGUCUUUACAAGAUGUUUAGCGGCACUGGGCCGUAUAUCGUCAGGAUGAACAGCUCAAGGGGUGUGUAUCUCGAGGGGAACUCCUAUUCCCUGAAUCGUAACGCUUCCGUCCUCUACAUUUCGGCUCCGGCGAAUUUCGCUGGAUUUUCCUAUUCUACGAUUGUCGACGAUAACUCUACAAGUGAUAAUAAGACAACAAGUGAAAACUGGCAGGCACUGGUACAAUUCUAUACCAAACACCCGACUUUUCGAGCCGUCGACCUCUAUUUGAGUGGUGAUUCUUACGGUGGAACUUUCGUGACCCUAUUUGCAUCGAAGAUCCUCGAAAAGAUGCCGGAGUAUUACAUAAAUUUAAAGGGUGUAGCCAUUGGAAACGGGAUGGUGGAUGCGGCACUGGAGAGGGCUACUGUAAUCCCAUACCUAUACCAACACGGGCUAAUCGCGAUACCGGAUUACCAGCGUUAUCUAAACGAAUGUUGUGGCGGACAAGCCGAGGGCUGCCCGACUCGGGAUACGAGCUUGCGAUGUCAGAAGCUGACGGACGACUUAAAAAUCGGAAGCACUUAUGGUUCGGGCAUCGACCCAUACGGGCUUCACCAUGAAUGCAAACCAGAUUGGUCUGGUGACAUUCCGACAGAUUGUGACAACACAUGGGCUAUCGCCAAGUACUUGAACGACCCGGCACGACGACGAAAUCUCGGUAUCCCACCCUUUGUGCAGGAUUGGAAGGUUUGCAGAAAUGCACAACAGCUAAACUAUACGAAGCAAUACCCUACGGUACUGCCGCAGGUGAAGCGAGCAUUAGGAGCGGGAAUCAAGGUGAUGCUAUACUACGGUGACAUGGAUGCGAUAUGUAACCCGAUUCUGGGCCUACGGUUUACCUUACAAAUAUUUGAAGCGAUGCAAUGGACAAUCCCAGACUACCAACCAUACCACCUAGCAAAUCGCGUCGCGGGAAAAUGGUUGCAGAUUGCCGGAUGUAGCUUUGCUACGGUUCGGAAUGCCGGCCACAAUGUUGGACGGGACAGGCCGGAAGUGCUGCAACAUCUCUUUGAAAAAUUUAUUGCAGGCAAAGCUCCGGCAACACGAGGCCACGCCCAUAUGCGGCAACUGUACCUUGAGGCGCUGAUACCACAGUAUCAAGGCGUGCCGGUAGCAAACGACGAGCAGAUCGUCGUAUUUCAAUUUUUGCGUCUUCAUCGCUUUUAUCAGGUCGCCCCAAUGCGCAUCAAUCACCUGUUCGAGAACUUUUCCGACGUAUCCGACCCAGCCGAGGGCGUGCGGAUUGGCGCGGCCCCUCCGACCUGGCUUUCGGGAAAUUUUCUCCGAAAUGGCCCGGGCAAGUUUAAAUUUGGUGAUGAUGAGGUAAAUCAUUGGUUCGACGGUAUGGCCUAUCCACAGCGAUAUCACUUCGAAAAUGGCCGGAUGCUUUAUUCCGCAAAAUUCCUCAAAUCCCACGCAUAUCUGGCUUGCGAGAAAGACAAACGACUCGCUGUUUCGACAUUUGCAACCCCGCGAAGCGUGCAAAAGAAUAUGAAAGCUAAACCGGACAGCGGCGCCUACAAUUGUCUGGUCAAUUUUUUGCAGGAAGACAUAAGUAACCACGUGGCAGAAAUACUGUCUUGCUCGGCGCAUCCAAUUCGAGAUCGUGACGUCACGGUCACUGAGCCCACCUGCUUCCGCGAUGCCUUAUUUUGGAAGGAGCGCCAAUACGUUAACAUUAUUCUGGUGGACAAAAAGACCGGAAAUCGGCAUCCGCGCAAGUUCUUCGCCCCGCCCUUCUUCACUUUUCACCACGCCAACGCCUUUGAACGCGACGGAUUUUUGUACGUCGAUUUUUGUCUCGUGGCAAAUCCGGGGAAUUUCGAGGACUUGCUGCUACAACACAUGCGAGAUGGGUCUUUUUCGUCUAGGAACCCAUUGUUCCGUCCAUUUCUCCAUCGAAUCGUCAUUCCUACCAAUGUUUCCGGAGGUAUUGAGGCUGGCAUCGACUUGGCGGAGCACUCUUUCGAACUGCCACGCUACAACGAACAUUUCACCGGAGUGCCAUAUCGAUUUGUAUAUGGGACAACGAUACUGUACGCUGGGCAGAAACGGAUCAUCCUCGUGCCGGUGAUGAGCGCGAACCUGCGGAAAAAGCCAAUUUUCAUGAUUCUCGACGCCAAAAGCCUGCGCGAGAUUUGUCGUUAUGUUCUACCCGUUCCACGGAUCCCCAUGGGUUUCCACGCAAUAUUCGUUGAUGCAGCAGCCGGAGACAAAGAAAAU